AUGAGAAAUGUCGUUUUAUUGAGUGCCUUAGGUGCCUUUACUGAUUAUGCGUUAGGAUCUUCUUUAAAUAAAUACUCUUCGAAAUAUGAUAUGAUUGAAUUUACAAACGUUGGGUUUUCUGGUACUUACCAGCCAGUUGCUAGUUUAAAAGAUGUUACAAAAGAUUCGUGUACAUGUGAAGUUGGUGAUAGAGUAUCGUUUUCCGGUACUAAUGCUCCAAUUUCGGACUAUGUUUCAGUACAUUUCCGUGGUCCUCUUUCUUUAAGUCAAUUUGCAUUUUACACCUCUGAUGAUUUUGUCAUAGAUUCUAAUUCAUCUUCUAGUUGGAGUCGUCAAGCUUACUACGACAGCUCUUCUCAGACGGGUGAAAAUGUGACCUUCCUAACUAAGGCUGGUACCGAUUCUCCAUGUUUGGGUAAAGCUUUAACAUACUCAGAUGAUACUGGUAUUGCUUCUGCAUCCGACGCUACACUCUUGGGGUCUGACAACUUAAUACAUUCUGAUGAUGAAUACGUCAUCUUUUCCAAUAUCUCAUGUCCUUCUUCAAAAGCUAGUAACGGUUGCGGCGUAUAUCGUAGUGGUAUUCCUGCUUAUUACGGUUUCUACGGUACGACAAAGAUGUUUUUAUUUGAAUUUGAAAUGCCAACAGAAACUGAAACGAAUAGUACAUCCUUCAGUUACUACGAUCUACCAGCCAUUUGGUUGUUAAAUGACCAUAUUCCAAGAACUUCCCAAUAUCCAUCUAAUACGAACUGUUCUUGUUGGGCUAGUGGUUGUGGUGAGUUUGACAUCUUUGAAGUAAUGAAUGCAACUGAAAGAAACCAUUUCUAUUCUAGUUUCCACACCUUCCAAGGUAUCUCUAAUAUACAGGAUGGUAUUCAAGCUCAUGGAUACAUACAGAGAAACACUACUAAUACAAUGAGAGGUGGUGUUAUAUUUGAUUCAAAUGGCGAGGUUGUAACAUUCUUAUCCGAUUCUACGACAUUUGAUGAUGAAUUAUCUGCAAGCACAAUCAAUGAUAUCUUAGAGGAAUUUUCCUCAAAAGAGAUAUAUAGCACUAAAUUAGCCAGUGUUGUAGCUGCCUCUACCACUUCUUCAAGCUCAAAAUCUGGCGGAGCAGCUUUCUUAGCUAAGCCUUCCGGUCUAUGGUAUUACUGCUUUACGGCGUUCGCUGCUGUCUCCCAAAUAUUUUUUAUUUAG